CCCGGGCUUUGUGGCCGCGGUGCGCGUGGCGGGGCCUGGCCGGCCGGGGGCGCGUCACCGCCGCCCGGCGCUCCGCAGCCCGCGGCCCUCCCGGCCGCCCAGCCUGCGAGAGGAGCUCAGGCCGUCCGCGCUCGCUUCUCGCCGGCCCCUUCCCCGGUCGCCGCGCCGCCGCUGCAGGAUAGCUAAAGGCCAGGACAAAUACAGUGGAAAAUGCAAAACAACGAAAUUAUAAAACCUGCCAAAUACUUCUCAGAAUUGGAAAAGAGCAUCCUGCUUGCUUUAGUAGAAAAGUACAAAUAUGUGCUGGAAUGUAAGAAAAGUGAUGCGCGAACUAUUGCCCUCAAGCAGCGCACCUGGCAGGCGCUUGCCCAUGAAUACAACUCUCAGCCAAGCGUGUCGCUGCGGGAUUUCAAACAGCUGAAGAAGUGCUGGGAGAACAUCAAGGCUCGGACCAAAAAAAUUAUGGCCCAUGAGAGGAGGGAGAAGGUGAAACGGAGUGUCAGCCCUCUUCUGAGCACGCAUGUCCUGGGGAAGGAGAAGAUUGCCAGCAUGCUGCCCGAGCAGCUCUACUUCCUGCAGAGUCCCCCGGAAGAGGAGCCCGAAUACCACCCCGACUCCGCAGCCCAAGAAUCAUUUGCUGUUUCAAAUAGAGAACUGUGCGAUGAUGAGAAAGAGUUCAUACAUUUUCCAGUAUGUGAGGGGACCUCUCAACCUGAACCCUCGUGUUCAGCUGUCAGAAUAACAGCCAAUAAAAACUACAGGAGCAAAACCUCUCAGGAAGGUGCUUUAAAAAAGAUGCAUGAGGAAGAACACCAUCAACAAAUGUCCAUCUUACAACUGCAGCUGAUACAAAUGAAUGAGGUGCAUGUGGCCAAAAUCCAGCAGAUAGAGCGGGAGUGUGAGAUGGCAGAGGAGGAACACAGGAUAAAAAUGGAAGUUCUCAAUAAAAAGAAGAUGUAUUGGGAAAGAAAACUACAAACUUUUACCAAGGAAUGGCCUGUUUCCUCAUUUAACCGGCCCUUUCCCAAUUCACCCUAGACUGUGGUGGGGGGGGUGGCUCGCCUUGUAUUGAAUAUGUGCCAGCAAAGAAAGUCUGGAACAUGAACUUGUGGUCAGUAACCUGUAAAAGAGCUACAUCUGGGAAAAUUAGAGUGGUAGUAGUCAUUUAUUUAAGAAUACAUUCAGGUAAACAGCUGCACCCUAUGUACCCCUAAUGUGGCAAAGAAGCUGUUACAGUCUUCGGAAAAUGAUCACUAUGAGUGCUAUAAAUCUGAAUGUAAUGUCUCUCAAUUAGAAUUCAUACAAGAACCAUG